AUGAUGUCUAUGGCUCUCAUGCCUGACACUCUCAAUGGCCCCGAUCCGUCCAAAUCGGCCUUUCUCGAGUUCGGCCACGGACAUCCGGCUCACCAGCAGCGCUCUCCGGGGCUUUCUCACAUUUACCCCGUGCACGGCUUCCACGCUGCCGGUCACUCGCAGCAUGACGGAUCCUUCCCGGGAAGCGCAUCUUAUGGCCGCUCGUUGGGUUACGCCUACCCGGGUGCUUCGAAUCCUCACACCCAGCCUGCCUACAUGCAAUACCAGCACAACAACAACAGCUCUGGCAGCGCUUUGAGCCUGCACGGUCGAUUAGAGCACGCAGAUCACGACAAGUCUCCGCUCGAAACGAGAGACGCACGUCUGAACGGCAAAGGGAAGAAGAUCCGGAAGCCCCGCACCAUCUACUCCAGUUUGCAGUUGCAGGCUUUGCACCAGCGCUUCCAGCAAACCCAGUAUUUGGCCCUCCCGGAGCGUGCUGACCUGGCUGCCAAACUGGGGCUCACCCAGACUCAGGUGAAAAUCUGGUUUCAGAACAAGCGCUCCAAAUACAAAAAGAUCAUGAAACACGGGAGCGGGCCAGAAGGGGAGCAUCUGAGCAGCACCAGCUCGGCGUCCCCCUGCUCGCCCCAUGGAAUGCCCCAACUUUGGGAUGUUUCCAUGGCCAAUAAAUCAGGAGGCCCCGUGUACAGCAAUAAUUACAUGAACACGUUGGGCCACUGGUACCCCAACCAACAUCCGCACCAGGAGGGCAUGUCGAGACAUCAGAUGUUGUGA